AUGCAUACACCAUGUGUAGACCCACAGGGGCCACUCUCAACCCUCCCUAAAGAACUAUACCUCGCAAUAUCCGGUUUCCUCCCAUCACUAUCAGGCCUAAAUGCCUUCGCCUGCACUAAUGCCACAACCUAUGACCUCCUUAACAACAUCCUCUAUAAGCGCGAUGCAACCUCACCAAAUCCAAAAUCUCUCUUCUGGGCCUCAACAACUGACACCCCCCAACAGCCCUAA